CGUGAACUCAUCAUUUAGUUUAGCACAAACCGACGACCCGUGCACACGCGUUUAGAGAAGAUGAUAUAAUAAAGACAAUAAUAUAGAAACAAUCAAAUUAAACAAAUUUGAAUUUACUUGAGUGUCCGUUCGAUACAUGCCUUGGACAUUUGUUAAGCAAAGGACCGGAUCUCGGUUGCCUUGAACUCAGUUGGUUACCUAUUCUUGUGUGUUUUCCUUGUUUGUUAGCGAUGAUGAUUUUAAGAAUUUUUUUCUUACUUUUUGUCGCUCCCUGCGUCUUCUGCAAUACUGGUUCCAUCGACCCAGAAACACUUCGCAAUGUGUUUGGGUACCCGCAGUAUUAUGCAGCUGCAUCAGAACAGGUGCCUCUCAGUCAAGUUGUACCAGUCCAGCCAGUCAACUCGACUCUGACAGAUCCUGAUUACUGGGAUGUAGACGAGCUUCCCGCAGCUGCUGUUGCGGACUACGAUAGGUUCGACUGGACUCUCACAAAGCGUGUAGCUUCCAACUCAAAUGUUAACUUCUUGGUGUCACCGUUGGGUCUGAAGUUGGCCCUCGCGAUCCUAGCUGAGGCAGCGACUGGCUUGACCAAGUCGGAGCUCUCUUCGGUACUUGGUUUCGAGAUGGACAGACACGCCGUCAGAAGGAAGUUUUCCACCAUAGUGGAAUCUUUGCAGAAACAAUCGCCUCAAUACAUCCUUAACUUAGGCAGCAGGAUCUAUGUGGAAGACACAGCUCAACCAAGACAGCGAUUCGCAGCUAUUGCCCAACAGUUCUACAAAACUGAGUUGACAUCUAUCAACUUCCAUAAUCCAGUUGCAGCAGCCGCAUCCAUCAACGCCUGGGUAGCGAACACCACGCAAGGAAGAAUCAACAAUCUGGUAAAUCCGGAUGACUUAGCCAGCAUGGUGGUGAUGAUUCUCAACACAUUAUACUUCAAGGGCAGCUGGCGUCACCAGUUCGACCCUAACGCGACCAAAGAAGGAAUGUUUUACACCACACCAAACACUCCGAAACCAGUACAAUUUAUGCGUGUGAAAGACAAAUUCUAUUAUGCGGAAUCGAGUAAAUUCGACGCCAAGAUACUGAGAAUGCCGUACCUUGGAAACAAAUAUGCUAUGUACGUGAUAGUGCCUAAUUCAUUGACGGGCUUGAAUAUGGUAAUGGAGGGUAUUAGCACUCUCCGGCCAGAGAUGGACACCCUGCACGAGCGUCUGGUGGAAGUCACGCUGCCGAAAUACAAGUUUGAUUAUACCUCGCAUCUGGAUGGUGUCUUAAAAGAGUUGGGCGCCAGGCAAGCGUUCGAAGAUACAGCUUCAUUUCCGGGCAUCGCUCGCGGGCAGACCCUGUCACAGAGACUGCGCGUCUCCAAGGUGCUGCAGCGGUCCGGGGUAGAUGUCAAUGAACUCGGCAGUGUCGCUUACUCUGCUACAGAAAUAUCAUUGGUAAAUAAAUUCGGCGAAGACGACGAGAGUAGAGUAGAAGUGUUUGCCAACAAGCCAUUCUUGUUUUUCAUACAAGACGAAGCUACUAGACAACUUCUGUUCACCGGCAGAGUCAGUGACCCCUCUGUUGUGGAUGGAGCCUUUAAGAACUGAUAGAUUAAGUACUGUUCCAAAUGAUACUGUUGGCGGUACCCACAGCACGUGAGGUUACGAUAAAAAAGGAAGGUUUAUGUAAUCAAUUUUGAUGUUUAAUUGCAAAGAAAUAGGAACAGGAGAUAUUUGAUAUUUUUAGAUAACCUGACGGGCACUUAAUUAUUAAUCUGUGACUGGUCAAACAUUUAUAAUUAAAUAUUUGUUGUAAACUAUUAAAUACCCAUAGUUUCCAUUUUGUCAUUGCAAAAUUGAGGUAUAAAAUAUGUAUAUCACAUCCUCUUUUUAGGUUGAAAUUGAGUAAGUACAUGUAUUAUUGUAAAUGUUUGGUCAGUGCAAAUCAGCGGUUAGAUCUUAUUUGUUCAAAUUAAACAACUUUCCAAUAACACCUUAAAAUGUUCUUAAGCAUAAGUAGCAUAAUAUUUUUUUGAACGCUAGAACUCGUGCAAAUUUGUGGAAUUUGAAAAUAUGUCAGGAUUUUUUUUUGUAGAAUAUUCAUUUGUAACAUAAUGUUC